AUGGCUCAAUUCACAGAGUCUCCGUCUCUCCCACUCUCACUAUGCCAACUCGCAAGGCGAGCCAACCCGUUGCCAGAUGAUCUGUCCGAGCAGCUAACCCGCUUCUUGCGAGCGACGGCGCUGGAAGGCAUGGAACAAGCGGAGAUCCUGGCAUCCGCGCUCUCUAUGAACGCUUAUCCUCCAGGAAUGCAUGGCUUCCCACCUGCCAAGGUCUAUUCCGAACUGUAUGAAGACAAGCUGCGCCCUCCGACAGCGGGCAUACGCGUCCUCGAUCUGGGUGGUGUGGAGGCGGCAAAGACCAUGGAGUUUCUCAGAUCAAUUCAUCGCUCGAUCAGUUUGAUAGGCACCUCCUUGUCUGACAGUUUCGAUGUGGUUUUGGCCUCAAACGUCGGGAUCUUCUUCGCGCUCGCCCUCUUUCUUGAGAAGUGGACGCUCGAGGACUGCAAACACCACCUGCGUCGACUCGUCCGCCCGAAACAGUCAUGGAUCAGAUCGUGGAGCGGGACCAUCAACUUCGGCAAAGCGUUGAAGUGGGAACUGCGAGACGUUCGGUCGGUAAACCAGCCUGCUCUCGUCAUACACACCAAGAGAAAGCUGCUGUCAAAUGCGAUGGCGCAGUCUGAGGCCGACAGCACAUCUCUGGUCGAACUCCAGCGUCAGUAUGCGCGGAGAUGUGAUUGCUUGGUCCAAUACAACGGUGGCCCUAUCAGCCGAGUGCUCGUGAAGCAAAUGGCCAACCAGCUGAUCUCGAGCCUAUUUUAUAUAGAGUUGGCGGCCACUCCCACCUUCUAUCGAUCGCCGCACGCCUGUGAGCUGGUCCUGCGUUGCCGUCUCGCCCCCGGCGCCGCGCUCUUUGGCCUACUACUGAGGCUGUGUCGGGGUCAGGCGCACUUCCUCUAUCGCGGCGAUGAGCUGGAGUACAAGAGGGUCAGAGUUUGCGAGGAGAACGACUUGAAGGCAUACCAGAACUGGGCUGCUUAUGAAUGUCCACUCCAAGUGCGGGCUGUAUCUCCAGCAUGCAAAAUUGACAUCCAAAUCGACGGUGACGGCAUCGACAAAGGCCAGCACAACACCAGCCACUACAUCAGUAACUGCCCGUACCAACUCGAAGACCUAGUACGCGAUCAGGGUCUGCAUCAUUGCUUCGGCUCGCCCGAUCACCGCCCCAUCCGAGGGAGACCCAUAAUGUCAAAACAAGCCCAGCAUAGCCCAAACCCUGCCGCACCAGGGAAUACGGAGAAGGGCAGCAUACUGCAACAGCUCAACGCGCUUCAAUGCACUGUUGGACAAGUGAUGCAGUCGCAGCAGCGAUUCCAGGAUGGAUUGACGACAGAGAGUUGA